AUGCCUGAUAACAAAUGGGUAGCAGAGUUGAAAACGGUUUUUCAAGUUGCCAAAGCACGACUUGAUGUGCGUGAAAAGAAAAAAACAGAGCAAGUCGCGAAAGAACGCUACACUGUUGCUGAUUAUGUUCGCAAUAAUAAAGUUCCUCGAGCUCGAAUAGCUGUAGAACAUCUUGUUCGUGAAGAUUACAAAAUUGAGGCCAUGGAUCGAGUCGAAGCUUAUGUGGACACGCUUUUAAUGCGAAUACAGCUGAUCAAAGAUCGACCAAAAAACGGAGCUGUUGAUCCAGCUAUUGAACAACCAUUAGCAAACAUUCUUUGGGCAGCACCAUUCCUUACCCAAGAUAUUCCUGAACUCGGUCAAGUGACAGGAAUGUUUAAAAAACAUUUUGGGCCAGAAUAUGUGGCCAUGUGUGAACAAAACAAACUUGGCAUGGUUGAUGUUGAUCUACUUCGUUGCUUAAGUUGCGAUCUCAUUCCUAAACUGUUGAUCGAAAAGUAUUUAGUCGAAAUUUGUCGAAGUCAAAAUGUCGCAUUUGAACCCGAUCCAACGAUCAUGGCGCAAGAUGAAUUCUGGAGAAUUGGACAAGGUUAUCUUCAACAACAACAACAACCCGGCAAUGAUGAGAAAAGACCACCUCCGCCGCCGUCGAAUGGAGGCGCGUCGUCUGGUGCAGGAGGCGGCGGUCGUAUGGAGUUCCCAACAGUGCCAUCAGCGCAUCCCAGCGCACCAGCUUUUGAUAAAUCACCGCCAGGUUAUCCAGGUGCCCAACCUCAAUAUCCAAAUAUCAAUUUUGGACCAAGCAUUCCACCGCCACCACCAUCGUCAUCCAAUGCUCCACAUAUUGGAUUUAAUGUUGAUAACGGUGCAAAAAGUCCAUUUCAUGACCCAUUUCCACAAGUUCCCAACGAUCGAUCAGCACCAACACCGCCACCAGCUGCUCAUGGUAACUCCGACGAUCCCGGUUUUGAUGAUUUAGCUCGUCGAUUCGAAGAUUUGAAAAAUCGAAAAUAA